AAAUAAUGUUAGUUUUCCUUAUUUCUUUCAAAAAAGUAUUAAAUGGUGGAAGCGUAAACAUGAAAACUCUGGAUAAACAAAAUUGGAUAACGUUAUACCAGCAUGUCUUCAUGUUUGCCCUACCUGUCCGUACUCUACUUCAUGGGAAGGAAGUUUGUUGAGGCAUAUGCGGACCCAUAAAGAGGAACGACCCUUUUGCUGUGAAAUUUGUCAAAAAAGAUUUAAACAAAGAAUACAUCUACAGCUUCAUUUCUCAACUCACAGUGGUGAACGCCCUUUUAACUGCGCUAUUUGUAAUAAAAGUUUUACUCGUAAUGAUAGCCUUAAAACUCAUCGCCGUGUUGUGCAUGGUGUGCUUUGAGUUAUUAAUGAUUUGAGUCUCAAUCAUCCCUGCAGUGUUAAUACUCAAGAAAAAAAUGUUUGUGUGUGAAUAUCUUUCAUAUAUACUUGAUUUUAAGCAGUUGCAGAUAAAAUGGUGACUGAAAAUGUGAAGAAGAGUAAUAAAAUGUUUGAUUUAACAAUUCAAGUGUGUUUUUGCAGCCAUAAAACCUUAAAAAUGUGUCUUGUUUCUUCACUUAGUAGUCCUUUUGUUAGUUUUAAUUGUUUUAAAUUUUUUAAUAAUUAGUUUUGUUUUUUGCCAUUCUUGCUUUUGAAAUAGAAGUGCUUUUAAUUUGUAUCCCAUUUUCCCCUAUUGCAUUUCUGUUUCCAAAUACAAAUAAAAGGAAUCAUGUAGUAUUGAGCUCUUUGCCAAACAGUGAAAUUUUGCUUCUUGUUUUGUAAUUGUUAACUACACGGGGGUGUCUUCAACCCCUGUGUAGAGGGGUCUUCUUUUUGCUUUGAACUGCUCUUUAAUUUGUACAUAAGCAUUUUUCAAAAGCAUGGGAUACAUCUCAAAAGUUGCAAUAAGUAUGCAGUAAAAUCUCAUAACAAUGAAAUGGGCUAAAUUUCUGCACAGAUUUUAAAACCAGGGGUGAUUGUUGUAAGCUUUUCAAACCCCAAGCUAAUCUUGAAAUCAGGAAAACUUACUUCCUCAGCAUGGUUGUAGGCAUUUGUAAUAGUUGACCGGAAGCAGCUGUUACUUGCAAUAGGAUAAUUGUCUUAAAAAGGGUGUUGACCUUUAUCACAGAUGGAUAAAUUGUCUACAACAGGUCUAGUCCCUGAGCCUGUUGCUGAUCGUCACUUUUGUAUUUAAAAUAAAUGUUCAGUCUCAUUUUAAUUUCCAAUACAUUAACUGAGUUCCAUUGCGACAAAAUUCCAUUCACAACGAAUAAAAUUUGAGGUUCAUUGUUUAUGCAAUUUUAUGGUAAUUACGUAGUUCAGAUAAAGGUAACUUGUUUUAAUUUAUUUAAAAUUAUUAUUAUUUUUUUCUAAUUUAUGUCUUUUAUAUGUACUGAAUACAUUUCAGGAAGUAUGCUGAAUUUGCAUCUAUGUACCUAUUGUUCUUACUCUACUAAAAAUAAAGCACAUUUGGAUCUCCACAUCCGUACUCACACUGGUGAGCGCCCGUUCAGCUGUGAAAUUUGCAAAAGAUGCUUCAAGCAAAAACAGCAUUUACAUCAGCAUAAACUUUUACAUACCGGAGAACGCCGCUUUGAAUGCUGCAUUUGUAAAAAACGCUUUGUCCAUAAGCAACAUUUGCAAAAUCAUAUGAUUGUUCAUUUAAUUGCUGGAAAUAUAAAUUUGCUCCAGUGUGGAGAGUGCUCUUAUGCAACACGUUUCCAAUCCCACUUCUUCAGACAUGCACGUAGUCAUACUGGAGAACGUCCGUAUUCCUGUGAACUUUGCUCAAAGAGUUUUACUCAAAAGUACCAUCUAAAAGAGCAUCAACUUUGCCACAGUGGAGAGCGCCGCUUUGAAUGUUCUACUUGUAAAAAGCGUUUUAUUCAUAAACAUCAUUUACAAAAGCAUAAGUGUCCAUGA